ACUUGUUCUCACUUGUUCAAUAUAAGCUCUUAGCAUAAAAAAAUAAGUACACCAAUGGGAGCAACGAAGAACAUCUGGACCGCCAUGGAAGCAAACCAUGCUAAACAAAGCCACAACGGCAAUUCAACCUUCGAUGAUCAUUCAAUCCUUCACUCUAAUCUCUCAGUUGAUACCGCCCUUCCUUUUCCCCUUAUGGUCCCUCGCGUCAUCGCCUUGUGCAAGGAUCUGUUUCGGAAAUGGGCUAAGUUGAACGAUUCUUGCUUCUCCGUUGACACUGUAUCAGGCGGCAUCACGAAUCUUCUGCUGAAGGUUUCUGUCAAGGAAGAAAAUGGAGAAUAUGUGUCUGUAACAGUUAGAUUGUAUGGACCCAACACUGAAUAUGUCAUCAAUCGGGAACGGUGGGUCAAGGAUAUGCUAAUAAUUUCAAGUACAACGGCGAUCAAAUACCUCUCAGCUGCAGGAUUUGGUGCCAAGUUGCUUGGUGUAUUUGGAAAUGGGAUGGUACAAUCUUUUAUAAAUGCACGUACCUUAACUCCAGCAGAUAUGAGAAAGCCAAAGCUGGUUUCUGAAAUCGCGAAGCAACUUCGAAGAUUCCAUCAAGUGGAAAUUCCAGGUUCUAAAGAACCUCAGCUAUGGGUUGACAUCUUCAAGUUCUUUGAGAAAGCAUCUACUCUCCAGUUUGAAGAUACUGAUAAACAAAGGACAUAUGAGACAAUUUCGUUCAAGGAAGUGCAUAAGGAAGUUACAGAGCUGAAGGAACUGACAACCCUUCUCAAUUCUCCAGUGGUGUUUGCUCACAAUGAUUUGCUUUCUGGAAAUUUGAUGCAUAAUGAGGAACAAGAAAAGCUCUACUUGAUAGACUUUGAGUAUGGAUCUUACAAUUACAGAGGCUUUGACAUUGGAAAUCACUUCAAUGAAUAUGCUGGCUAUGACUGUGACUAUAGCUUGUAUCCGAGUAAAGAUGAACAAUAUCAUUUUUUCAGGCAUUAUUUAGAACCUGAAAAACCAUACGAGGUAUCAGAAAAAGACCUUGAAGCUCUGUAUGUGGAGACUAAUACGUUCAUGUUAGCUUCACAUUUAUAUUGGGCGUUAUGGGCCUUAAUCCAGGCAAGGAUGUCACCCAUCGAUUUUGAUUAUCUCGGGUAUUACUUCUUGCGGUACAAUGAGUAUAAGAAGCAGAAGAGAAUGUGUUUCUACCUUGCAAAAUCUCACAUAUCUGGUUCUGGAAAAGCAUAAGACUCUGAUAGCGUUCGCACGAAUAGCCAGUUUCUGUAUGUCAUGGAUUUGCAUGUUUUGAGUAUUUUGAUUCCGUGUGUGUUGGUAUUCUUGUAAAAUAUUCUUCCCUAAUUUGUAUACCUUUAUGAGAAGGAAGCUAAAAAACAAGAUCGAAAGAAUAAAGCAAUUUCGGGGUCACCCCGGUUUUAGCAGGGCAGGUGACUGUCCUAGAUGUA